AUGAGUUUUCGUAACGCAAGCGCAAUACUCACAAGAGCCAACAGAAUAAAAUCAAAGCUUCAAUCAUCCCUCGAAGCCACCGUUCUGGAAGUAGACGACGUGUCGUAUCAGCACGCCGGUCACGCCGCAAUGAAAGACACUUCCGAUAAAGAAACUCAUUUCAACUUGAAAAUCGUUUCUCCCAAAUUCGAAGGUCAGAGUCUCGUUAAACGACACCGUAUGGUCUAUGAUCUUCUCUCCGAUGAGCUUCAAUCUGGACUUCACGCACUUUCCAUUGUCGCCAAGACGCCAAAUGAAGUUACCGUUUCUGCGAAAUGA